AUGCAGCAACUACUGCAGCAAAUACUGCAGCUCGUGCAGCAAAUGCUGCAGCAAGUGCUGCAGCAAGUGCAAGUUCUGCAGCAAGUGCUGCAGCAAGUGCCAGUGCUACAGCGAGUGCUGCAGCAAGUGCUGCAGCAAGUGCUGCAGCAAGUGCCAGUGCUACAGCGAGUGCUGCAGCAAGUGCUGCAGCAAGUGCUGCAGCAAGUGCUGCAGCAAGUGCCAGUGCUGCAGCAAGUGCUGCAGCAAGUGCUGCAGCAAGUGCUGCAGCAAGUACUGCAGCAAGUGCUGCAGCAGCACUUGCUGCAGCGUCAGAGGGCGAAGAGGAUGGCGCUGAGUUCCUGGCGGCCGCGGUGUCUGUACACUUCGGGGCCGUAG